AUGAAAGAACGAUUGGUUGCCGUACGCUGGCUUUUCGGCGGAAACAGUUCGUACAAAGGCUUCUAUGAACUGCCGAGAAGCAUGAAGUCUCCAUUGGACCGCCUAUUUAUGCGCGGCCUGUCUAUCCUCUCCGAAGAGGGCUUCGAGUUCAGUAACAAUAGGCCAUUCAGACCACUUAAUUCUCCCGCGCAGCGCAUCGGAGAGAUCCCCGAGACCGGUAAGGUGGGAUACCCCUAG